CAGAUAAUGAGCGCACAGGCACAAGGAAAGACCACCUCGAAGAUGGAUGGGGCUGGUUCCGAGAUAAAUGACUGGCAAAGCGCAUCAACAUGACGGCGACAAGAGAAGCUGGUUCCAAGAUGUGUCACGAGAUGGCGCUGUUCAUGGUUCUGAUAGCGAUCGAAAUGGCAAGCGGUUCGGCUAGUGCGGGAGAGAUGGCGCUGGCAAACGUAACGAGGUUCGCGCCUGGUGACCUAUUUUCGCUUUUUGGGACUGACUGCGGCCUCACCCGUUGUAUGGAGCUGUCCCAUGGAACGGCUUUGGCAGCACUGGGCACUGACAGCGGCUGCGUCUGCCAGUGCCGGCGGGAGACGCCUGCGUUCAGGGAAGACCAGCGGAUCUGCGUCAACCAUAUUGAUGAAUGCCUUAUGGCCAGCUUUGGGCGCGGCGCUACCAAGCCUCAAAUACCUUUCGUCUUCUUACCCCUAAAAGGACAGAUCAUUUACCCCUCAAAGGAAAUAAUAUUUACCGAUGUAGAGGACGCGAUAUGCGCAGUGACAAGCGCGCAGUACCUGUCAGCAUCUGGAUGGGUGACCCUGAGAGACCUGGUGGACAACGACGUGCCAUUCAGUCUCUAUAGGGACGAGGGCAGCACUUUCUUACAGUGGCGCGGAUCAGCGAGCCUCCACGCGCGUCUCGAAGGCCGACUAGUGGCAGCUCAUGUGCUGUGCUCAGCGCCCGAGCAAACCCGCCUGGCAGCCUCCUGCGCAGCCUUCAGGAUUGCUGGGGCGACGCAUAACGCUUUACUUGAUGUAAAAUCCAUCCCAUUCCAUGCUGGUGAGAUCGUCAGCACAGAACCAACUGCCUCAAGUCACGGCCUCAGCGUCCUGGAGUCUCUCGCCAUCGGUGUCUGCGUGCUGAUGCUGAUCUUCAUCUAUGCAGCUGGCAUCAUCUUUUACCUCCACUACAAACAAAGACAGAAGCGCAAAGAGAAAGACCCUGAGAUGAAUCUGUCGAACACGAUUUCUACAGAUAACGGAUCUACCCUGGAUUCGAGAAUCGACAUGGAUAAUGUGCAAAUGAAAACGAAUCCAUUGCUUAGCAUGAGUAGCUUAAAUAACGACUACCUUCACGAUGCUGGUCUUUCUGAUGUUAGCGAGCGCACAGAGGAUACCAUGGAUUCUUCUCCGAAUAAUAUUCACAAGUUCCAGAAACCCAACUCAAAUGUGGUAGCAGCAAUGGUCCAUACGCGACGAAAGAAACCAGUCCGUCCAAAUACUCGCGCAACUUCUACUCCAGAAAGAAUAAAUGAACGUCUACAAAGGAGAUCUGCUUCACCAGAUACCUUAGAAAGGGCACCUCAUUCAGACUUGUCUAUCAUUGACUGUAGCGUUGAACAAAACAACGUGGCAAGACAACCAGUACAGUCUUCCAAUGGAGAACCAGCGCUAAGGAAGAAAUUGUACUUCAACCCUGUCUUUUUCGAGACUGAACAUCUUAAGAAUCCUCCACCAGCUGCUAUUGAGUUCCUGAUCAAAAUCCGUGAAAUCAUGUCAAUCGCUAAAGAUAAAAUGACAUCAAAGAGAUUUAUUCCAAUCUUAUCCGAUAUCCCUGAAGAAGAACUGUAUCACACAAUUGAUUUGGGAUGGGAUAUACCUUGUGCUAGACGUGGAAGAAGAUUUAGUGCUAUAAGUUUGAAACACGAGAAUAGCAGAAGAGCAGUCCAUUGCGGAGGCUGCCCAGGUUGUGAUAGCAGUGUCAACUCGCAAAAAAAUGCAGCUCUUAUUAGAUCUAAUUCUUGUAAAACGUGCGUUAGUGACGAUUAUAAGCAAAGGAUUGUGAGAAAAUGGCUUGAUGAAGUCCCAACACCAUCACCUGUGAUAAAACCAGUGAAAUCUGUGGCAAAAGUUAGUGGGACACCUAGAAUUACCGAACCAAAAAAUAACGACGAAAAUUCGCAUGUAGAACCGAUUCGAAAUGAUGACUCAAAACAUCCAAUAGAAAUAUUACGAAACGCUAUCAACGAUAUAUUUGAUAGAGACAAUACAACGAAAAACAACGAAAUAAAAAUUGAUGAAAUUUCCGGCGAUGUAAAUGUAGAAAUUACAUCAGUUGAUAAGCAAAGUCCUUCAAAUCACAGAUCACGUCGAAUAAGAAAGAAAUUACCACCACCACCUCCACCUCCAGUUGAUCCCCCAGAAUCACCCAAAGAAGAAGAUGCUGAGCCAAUACCACCAGAAGUAAAAAUGAAAAUGGAAGCUGUUAUACGUGAAUUAAACAAAUGUCGGAGAGUUGAACCAAAGGAACUAGAAGAUGUUAAAAUGGAAACAAUAGUACCCAUUGCACCUAAAAUUAUUAUUCCAGUAUUAGCGGCUGAUUCCCAAUACUACAGCGAUGAUAACAUGCUGCCUGACCGCAAAAAAGAAUUUUAUAUUCACCGCGAUAAUGCCAUAGAUUUCGACAGUUUAGAACGUAACGUAAUGAGAAGACGAAGAUUUUCAUUAGCUUGUGAACCAGAGCUGACUAGUAACGAAGAGUAUCAGUGUCGUCCGAGUAUACAAGUGGCUCGAGAAAGAUUAUCCAGUAGUUGGCGAGAUAUAAAGAAAGCAGUAGAAGAGCAACAGGUUAAACCUCAGCCGUUUAAAUUACACCUUGAAAAUAAGAGUGAGAUAUUUAUAAACGCUGCAGAACCAUAUUACGAUAAUAUGUGCAUACCGGGAUCUCUUACUAUAAAAGUAAGCGGAUCACCAGUUGAAGACAGGAAAAAUGAAAAUGAAGAAUUCGACCCGGACACAUUAGAUCGAAAGCCAAAGCCCAAAAAAAGAGUUGAAAAAAUUCUUCUGAAAUCUGGAGGCAGUUUCAAAUGUAAAGCGCCUGAAAAUGAAAACGAUGAAAGCAAAACCCCACCUGAAGCAGCUUUUACGAGAAAAAUAGGUAGCUUGAGGCAGAUCUAUGAAGCGAAGACUAAGGUUCAAGGAGAUGAUAUGGAGUUCUAUGGCAGACGUGGUAGCAUACCCUUCAUGAGUCAAGAGAUCACUGGGUACUCGAGGACGUUGAAAACUCCAGAUUUAAUAUGCCAAGUUGAUGCUCAGAAAGAUCUCAAACCACCAAUACCACCGAAGCAGAGACGAGGAAGUGAUAUGUCCCCAAAAUGUUCGAAUACUCGUGAUAGUCCCCCUGAUCGCCGAAGAAUGUCUGAAGAAAGAGAUCGGUUUUCCUCUUCUUUAAGAUUAGAUAAUUUGAACGCUCGUCGCUCCGGUCGACGCUCUGCUCGAGCUAGAUCUCGAAGGACAGACUUCAGAAAGGUUCACAGGACAGAAGACUCAGGCUAUAUGAGUACGGAUUCAAACGAAUCGAAACGUAGAGCAAAAUACUUGCUGCAGUUGAGACCAAAAACAAUUUUGCUGGAAACCAUUCCAAAUGCAAAAAUUCUGAUGAAAACGCCAUUGCAGAUAGAGUCUGACACAGACGAUUUGGAGUCUCUUUGCGAUGGGCGAAGCGAAUCUGGGGCAGAAAGUGUGGAAACGGACUCUGUGUUCUUUGGAAACUUUGAUGAUACGAAGGAGUUGUUUGCGGAGUUAGGGUUAGGUACUUUCGAGCUGCAGGGUAAAGGGUUAAGUCAGGAGCAGAUCGAUUCUGGGUUUAUGGGGGAGACUAAUAUUAUUUUGAGUGGAGAUAGUGACUCGGAACACAGGAGUGUGAUAUCUAUAAUCGCGGGGCGCGACGGAAGAGCAUCCGCCGCGUCCAUUACGAAAAUAGAGGACCCGCCAUAUGUUCAUUCAGUAGAAUGUUAAAUAUAAGCCAUAGAAUACUCGACCUGUAAAUGUGUAUAUUGUAAUUACGGUUAGUUAAAUUACCAUUGAAAUUGAAAGUUAAACAAUUGACUAUGUGAUGCAGCUUCAAAUUGACGUAGUUUUGUCUAAAAUUACGCUUAGUUGAAUGCAGUUAAAAGAAAAUUAGAUUAAGCAAUUGUGUAAUUAUUAUACAACAUUAUGCCCACCAUUUUAAGAAUGUACGCUCAUAUAAAAUAUUCCUUAUCAUUAUCAUUGUUUAUUGAAUUAAUUAUUGUUACUUAUUUGGGUUACCUGAAAUUAUUUUUAUCUUUUUGUAUCAAAUACUUAAUCAUCUCUUUCCAAUUAGACUAAUUGCUCAUUGUAUUUAUAUUUUUAAAUAUUUUAUUAUACUCAUACUUAAAAACUAGAUGUCGAUGUAAAUACAUACUCAGUAAGGUUUAAUGUAAGAGUUUGUAAAUUUUUGACCGGCCGGUUGUGCAAUUAUUUUUAAAGUUAUUUUUCAAAGAAAAAUUGAUUGAUAAAUUUUCUGGUGCUUGGUUUGGAUAAGAGGCUCAAUUUUAAUUUAUUUUAUUAACUUAACUAUCAAAAAUACUUAAUAUAUGAAAGGGUAAAUGUUAUGUAAAUUGUACCUAAUGUAAAAUUAAGUUAGGGGAAUAUUUUCUGACUUUGUAAAAAAAGUUUUUACAUAGAAAAUAUUUUUGUAUAUUGAUUAAAAUUGAAUUAUUGAAUGCUGUAAUGUUGUUUCAUUGUGAUUUAUUAUAAUAAAAUCUUUGUAUUAAAUACCAAUAAAAAUUGUUUGGCCCAUGAGGGGAUCGAACCCGCGACCUUCGCGUUAUUAGCACGACGCUCUAACCAACUGAGCUAAUGGGCAAUUGUAAAUGUUGCUGUAAAUGAAAUUCUGUAAACGAGUGUGAUAAAAACAUUAUAUAAAUUCGAUAAAAUAAAAAUAAAAGGUCAUAAUCAAUUAUUGUUUAACACCAGUAUCACUCUCCCUCAAUUUGUUUAUUUUAAUCAUCCACAAUGUUACAACACAGAACACUAUACUUACUUGGACAUGAAAUAAAAUGUAACAUAAUGCUAAAUUAAAUAUUAAUCGGGUAAAAAUAAGAUCAGUCAGUACAGUCAUGUGUUUGUGUGUCCUCAUAUUACAUUAUUAUAAUAAA